UUGGCCAAAGAAUUGUAGCCGAGAGGAGAGGUGAAGCAGUAAACGUUAAGCCGAGAGAGAAGAGAACGAGCGUAUUGUUUACGUAAUACAAGCCGGCCGACGGGGACCCGAUGUUAUGAGUUUGAUACGUUUCAAACUCAUUACGUCCGCAACAAGUGUCGUGCAUACGUAUGCUUGUUGAGUUUCGAUUCUCCGCCGUGUGUGUCUGGAUGUUAUAAGGCUGUAUAAGGCAGGCAGGUAUGUGUUUACCUGCAGCCCGCUCUGCUACACGAGUUAAGUUCGAGUCGAGGUAUUCCGCGAUCGUACACCUCUUGCCGCUGCAGGUGGGUGAUAUCGUCGGUCAAAUGUGCGAAGGAAAGAAAUUUUCGCGAGAUACGCCUCGACGAUAAAAAAACAACACUUGGUAACUGCUGUGCCCUGGGAGGAUAGUCAUCGGUGCGAUGAACGAGCCGACGAGGAGAAGAUAAGGCUUGUUUGCCUUGGAGAAACAAAGAAAUUGCGAACAUUUUUGUGCGCCGAGAUACGGACGUCGUCGUCGUUGUUCCGAUGACGAACCUACGACGAAAGUCGUUGUGAGUUAACGAGACGAGGUGAUUUGAGGCACGAGGAGGGGUAAGAGGGGAGGAAAGGAGGCCAGUUUACACAAACUAUGAACGAAGUUCGACAAGUUUGGACGUCGAUUAGAUCCUCCGGAUCGUCUAGAUCGUCGAUGACGGAGACCGCAGACCCGCGUACAACCUGGUACGACUUACCGUCUCCCACGAUUGUUCACAGCCGAGAUUUUGCCGGGUCGAAAAUGGAAUCGCAAGUGAUAAUGAAAAGCCUCGACGAAGGACUGCCGAAGGACGCUGAGGUGCAGAUCGUGGAGGAGGUACUCUAUCAGAACAACGUCGAGGCGGCUUUGAACAGUCUGAGCAAAGUCUGCGCGGAACCGUUGAAGGCGGACGGAAUCGAGUUUCAUGAGGUUUCCGGUGGAGAAAAAUCGACCGGUGGAGAACGUCGAAGACACAGUUCGAGCGUCGAGCUUACAGCGACGACCUGCUUGAAGGUCGAUGAUGAUGGAAUGCCGAGGAUAAGCUUUAGCUUCUUGGGCGCGGACGAGACGGCCUCGAGGACUCCGGACGUGAUCGUGACCCGGAGCACCGAGGAGAUCGUCAACCCGGAGACCUCGAAGGCAAAAUUCGAUCCGGUGACGCAGGACGAACUUUACGACUUUCCGAAGAGCACUGCGAGCGCUGAAAGUCCCCGGGAGACUUCGAAAGCUCCGCAGAAUACAAACGGGGUGGAAAAAUCCCCGAAGAGGAUCCUCGAGAACGGCUCCGCAGAUGUUCAGGAAUCGGCGGUACAGGACGAAUGGUACGACGUUCCAAAGUCCGUCAAAACAGCCACCCUCUCCUCCAAGGACGAAGAUGACAAGCUUAAUACCGACGCAUCCUCGACGUCGAAUCGGAUCCUCGAGGAGUCCGAGAUCGAGAUUCAGGCGUCCGGGACGCGGGACAGCGUUCUCUCGAAUUGCGGAUCCUCCUCGGACCUCGAGAGCGUCGACGGUCCUCCAGACGCGCAGCGUAGCAUCCGGGAAAGAAGGAUGAAACGGCAAAGACGACGGAUCGGCAAGGCCUGGGGGAAGAUGCGGAGCUGGUUGAAGGAGGAGAAGACCAAACUGGGCGACGUUGUGACGAGACACGCCAGGCUCCAGGCCGUUGGCGCGAUGGGCCAGGACGGUCCGGAGCUCGAGCACCUCGGGAGCCAGAGCGGGUCUUAUGACCUGAACAGGCAGAGGAAGUUCGAGGCCGGCUCGGUGCCCAGGGUCGAGGAAUUCGGGCUGUCCUCCGUGUCCGAGGAGGGCCAGGCAUCGGAGUCCGACGUUGAGGGCUCGAGUCCGUCUCGAUUGGACCGAAGUCCGGAGCCAGACUCGCACGGAUCGCCUAUUGAGCCGGAUAAAAAGAUCGGCGGAGAAUCGUCGCCGUCGGGAGAGGGAAUCGGGCGAAGUGGCGGCGGAGUGAAGCUGACGAUUCCGAGCCCGUUUCACCUCGGUAAAAAGACUAAAAGUACGGAGAAUAUUUUGACCGGUACGAGGUUGAAAUUCGCGCCGGUUUCGUUCAGUAUGGACAAGCUUUGUUCGGACGGCGAGAAUGAGGAGAAUAACACCGCGGCUGCUGCCUGCAGUGAGUCGGACGUCUCUAAGGACCAGAGUGUCGCUGCCGCUGGUACUGGAUCGGGAGGAAAGGCUCCGGGUCUAAUCAGGCGGAGAAUGCUCGGGUCAAUCAGGGGGCUAAUGGCGUCCACCCAUCUGUUGCAAGCUCACGAAAUAGAGGAGGGUGGUCAAGGCGGGUUUGAAGAUGUUCGCAGAUACGUUAAACAGGGCGGUGAUUUCUGCAAGGAGCUCGCGGCUAUUCUCCAUGAAAGGGCUGAAUUGGAAGCAACGUAUGCGAAGGGACUCAGCAAACUGGGAGGAAAAUUGACGAAGGCCUGCUCCAGGGAUCAAGGAGGGAACAGUGCGGGGGGUGUAAACGAGGCUUGGAGAUGCAUCGGGGAAGAAAUGGAUGCAGCUGCCGAAGCCCACAGAGUCUGGGGAAUGGCGCUUGGAGAACAACUGGCAAAACCGUUGAGGGUGGGAGUCGCGGAAGCUCAAGGGCGAUCUAGAAAGGUGAUUGAAAAUUCAGUGGACAAGUCGGCGAAAUCUUUGCAGGAGUGGAGGAACGUGGCGGCGAAAAGUAAAAAGCAAAGUUUCGCCUGUGCGAGAGACAACGAGCGUCUUCAGGACCUCGCGCGAAUACAGUCGAUGAGUCAAGGGCAGCAGAACAACAAUAAAUCGUCGAAUCAUCAGAUGACGGAGAAAGAAGCGAACAAACUCGAGACGAGAAGGAGAAAGUCCGAGGAUGCUUCGAGGAGAGCUGACACCGAAUUUUACACCGUAAGCGUCAGAGCCGAAAGAGCGAGACUGGAGUACGAAAGCACGAUACGAAAAGGUGCGAAGCAAAUGGAACUCCUCGAGGAGGAGAGGCUGAGCGCACUAAAAGACCUGGCGAACGUCUACUUGGCUCAUUUGCACGCUUUGUCGCCUCGACUCCAGCAGAGCGCCGAGCGUCUUGACGCGCCGAUUCACAGCUGCAACGUACUUCAGGACGUUGAAAUCCUAAGGAAUCUUACCCGGAGAAUAGACAACAACGAAUCCACCAACGCCGAACAGUUGUUGCCCGAUUUUUACGCCGAACACGUUACGUUGGCGAUGAACCGGGAACGGAGAAAGCAGGCUUUGGUCAGGGUGCUACAUCUGAUCAGGCAGGAUUUAGAUCGGGAAAAACGCGGAAGGGAGGGUUUGGAAACGCUUCACAGAGCCUUCAUUACAACACCAGCAUUCGCUGCCGACGAAAGCACGCAGAAUGUCACGGAGAAACUCCAUCACAUGCGGUCCAUGCUUACGUACUUGGAAGCUGCGAGAUAUAAAGUCGGGGGGGCGCUCUCGGAAAUCGAGGGCGGAAAGCGGGGAAAACAUCCCUUGGCACAACACAUAUUAGUAUCAAGAGACAGACAGGGUCUACAACAGAGUGUUCUCAAGGUUCCAAAUUGGGUAAGAAACGAGUCGUUGGAACAGCUGCAAGAAAACAAUCAGGACGAAUUGGAUAACCAUUUGUCGAAGGAUCGGGAAACGGACAACCGCGAUUGGGCUGACCGGACAGCCGGUGAUGGUAAUUCGGAAAACCCGCCCGACGAAGAGGAUUUCAGUGAUUUUGACGAGUUCAGCAAUCAUUCCGAGGACAAUAACAACCAAGAUAUCGAAUCGACCAAUAUAACGGUGAAAAAUAACAGAACGGAACAAUGCCGAGCGAUGUACCAAUACGCGGCUAACUUGAAUGACGAAUUGAGCUUGAUCCCCGGGGACUUGAUAACCAUUCAUGAAAAACAAGCCGACGGCUGGUGGGUCGGAGAAUGCAGGGGCAGAACCGGAAUAUUCCCAGCGACGUACGUUCAAGUGAUCCAUUGAACCAUUUAUACGCGUAAAAUUCGUAGGUAUACGAGAAGGGAAAAUUCUAGAAGAUUAUGUUAUAGCUACACCUUAAAUUCACCUAGUUAAAAAUAACAUUUUCUAAUUUUGGUGUAAGCGAUACUGUAUUUAUUGGCUAUACGUAUAUGUGUGCAAUAUACGUACAGAGAAAUAAUAGAAAGCUUUCGCGACGCGAAGUUAGCAUUCGUUCUGCAGCUAUAUGAAUAAAUCUCAAUAAUCCAAUCUUGAAUCAUCUUAAAAAUAUCACACGACAAAUUUAUUCCAGUCACUAUAGAGAUAUAUUCGAGUAUCUAAUUUUAAUUUAUACGUAUUUUAUCAAACAGGCCGAGGAUAUCAAUGUGAUAUCUUUGCUCUGCCGUAUAUCGAACAUUUACAUAUACACAAUAUUAUUUUACGAAAUUCAAUGUUUCUCGAAUUUGAUUAUUUCUCCUUUUUUUUCUUCACUUUACACCCUGAUCAUUGCAGCAACGUGCUACCUUGUGCGUCAUGCAUAAAUCUGUUCUGCGCGGUGGUAAUUGUACGGGAUUUAACAUCACCGUGAUAUUUUUCCCAGUGAUUAACGUCACUGACUAGUUUAAACGGAGUGCAAAUUGACGCUGAUUUCAAUUAAAAAUGGCAAAACUGACGUUGGGUUUUAUGGACGAUAAUUAAAACAGCGAUUUUUAGUGAUAAAAAGAAACGAAUUUACAAACGAUUACGGUAUUAAUAUACGUCACUUAAUAUGUCACUGGCGUAUAUAUUUAUCCGAUGCAAAUAUAAUAUAUACAAUACAUAUUCGAUAAUUCAUUUAGCAUUGCCAUGUGAACGUAAAAAAAAAACUGUUGUAAUUUAGCAAAUGAAUUACAAAGCACAAUUGCAGUCACUAAGUAGUAACUACAGAACCUCACUUGAUAUUCAUCAAAGGUUGACAAUAAUUCGUAUAGAAUAAUAUAAUAAUAAUAAUAAUCGUAAUUCGUUUAGUAUGCAUAUGUAUACGCGGUUUAAAUACAUGUAACGUAAAAGACAAACUGAACCAAAAAAUAAACACUGUAUAUAAUAAUUACAAGAUAAAAAAAAGAAACACACGAAAUUUAAUUGUAAAUAUUUUUAAUGUAGUGUGAUAAUACGUGGUUAUUUAAGAUGAACAGGCAUGUUUUUAUAAAAUAAGUCAAUAAAAGCAUUUAUUUACCGAUA